CUAACCUUUUCACAAGAAAUCCUCCCUGUGUAUCUGAAUAGUACUGCAGAACAGCUAGAGAGCACUAGACCUCUACCCAAGCCUAAGAACCUGAUGACUACUUUUCUUCCUGCUAAGUGUGCUCUUCAGAGGUCCCAGGAAUCACGCCUGUGACCUUGUACUUGCCAAGCAGGCACUUAUGCCGCUGAGCUAUAUCCCAGGCCCUCACUGUCUCUGUCUCUUCCUGAACACCAUGAACUCUCCUCAGAUCCAAGCGGACAUUUAUCCAUGAUGAAGAAAGGCUUCCAGGUGGCAGCAAGACUUGGCCACCACACACCCUUCCCCAGGACCCUCCGUAUCCUGCCCAGACUCAGCUCUGCCUCAGCAUUUGGGUCAUCCACAGACUCCCUGGUCUCAAGAUUCCUUCGCAAGACAGACUUCAAGGAUUAUGCCCUUCCCAAUGCCAGCUGGAGUCCAGACAUGUUGAGCCUGUACCAAGAGUUUCUGAAGAAGACCAACUCAGAAGGCUGGAUCAAACUGCCCUCCUUCAAGUCCAACAGAGACCAUGUGCAAGGGCUGAAGCUCCCAUCUGGCCUGAUAGCUACCUCAGCUCAUCUCUCCUCAGACAUCUCUCCUCCUGGUGACUAUCGAAUCUUCACCAGGUGCAUCCAAGUGGCAGGACAAGGCUACGAGUAUGUCAUCUUUUUCCACCCAACUAAGAAGAAGUCCAUCUGUCUUUUCCAACCAGGCCCUUACCUGGAGGGGCCUCCAGGGUUUGCCCAUGGAGGGUCUCUGACAGCCAUGAUAGAUGAGACCUUUUCUAAAACUGCCUACCUGGCUGGAGAGGGGCUGUUCACGAUGAGCCUCAACAUCCGGUUCAAAAACUUGCUCCCUGUGGGCUCUCUGGCUGUCCUGAACGUCCAAGUGGACAAGAUUGAGGACCAGAAGCUCUACAUGUCCUGCAUUGCCCAGAGCAGAGACCAGCAGACAGUGUUUGCCAAGUGCUCAGGUGUCUUCCUUCAGCUGUCACUGGAAAAAGAGUCACCCUAAUAGUAGUCACUAUGACAUCAGCAGAGUCAACCCUGACGGCUCUGUGUGCCUGGAACUCAACACACAACAGGAAGCAAGUGCUGUGGAUGUUGAGAGACCCUCUCUCUGAAUAAACUUUCACUGCCCCAUGCUCAACCUUCUUGUAAUUUGAAAGCGAAAUCCUCCUACGGCCUCCCACAUACACACCUUCCCAUUCAGCACCCACAGGAAAGAUUUACUGGGCAUCUUCCAGGUUCUAGCUGAGGCAUUCGGUCCACAGCAAUGACGAGCACAGAACACCCCAACAAAUUCUUAUUCUGCCCUGGAUCAUAUCAGAAACACAGUAUAGCCCAAAGGGAAGUAGAUCCAUUUUACUCUCUGAACACAGUCAAAAAAGGCUUUCUAGAAGAAACUGUACCUGAGCUGAGUCUCAAAAGUUCAGUGAUGCUCACCAGGCAGUGGGAGAACAAAGGCACAGUAUCCCGAAAGAGCACAGGGGCUCUGGAGAACAGCAAAGCAUUGGGGCAGGCAAGCAUCUAAAGGAGAAGGUGGCCAGGACAGGAGCAGCCCCUGGCUGGCUUCCAUAUUUCUGUAUAGGCUUUGAACUUUGUCUUGUAAGCAACAGGAGCAACAGGAAAGUUUCCUCAAGUUCUAUCUUUUUAAAAGAUGACUGUGGUGGCGGAAAAGGGCAGAAAGACUGCAGGCAGGAGCAACAGAGCCCUAAAGGACUCUUCACUGGAGACAGUAAGAGCUGCCUGGGUCAGAGCCAUGGAGGUGAGGUAAUGGGAAAUGCUACCAAACAAAGGCAUGCAAGACUUUCUCACUUUCUCACUGCAGAUUAGUGCAGGAGAGCUGUCUAGGAUGAGUCCAAGCUCCUGCCCUUGCAGCCCUGGAUUGGGAGGUCCUGGCUUGGGGAGUUUCAGGUAGUAUCAUUGGGAGAACCAAAGUGGGUGUGAAGCAGAGGUGGAGCAGGUGUACUGAGCUUGGAGUGCCCAGGCGCUCCUGUCAUGGAGGACAUACCUGCAGAAUUCUGGACACUUUGACUAGCUGCAUAGGAGGGAAGAGCUGUUGACUCAAUUUGUGAGUCAGUGCAAAAGGUGAACUGAGAGUGAAAAAAAAAAAAAAAAAAACGGGGCAAGGGGCAGGGGCUGACAGGGAAGAGAGGACAGGGAAGGAGGAAAGGAUUCAAGAUAGAGUCUUAGGCCACAAGGAGGUUUAAAGUUGGGGCAGAAGAUAAAGGAUCCACUAAGGUUCUGAGAAUAGAACCAGAGUGACUGCCCCAAGAGGAUGAGGGCUGCAUAUCAAAUGCAGAAGAGAAAGCAAGAAAAAUGACAACUGAAAAAGAGGACUUUGGAUUUGGCGGAGGAAGGAGGAGGUGUUUGCCAGAGCCAGUUAGGGAAGGGGUUAAAUUCCAAAUUAUAAUGAAUGAAAACAUGAAUGGGAAAUGAAAUGAAUGUAGCUUUUCCCCUGUGAAAUUUUAUUGUUACUAUUCAAGGAAGGGUAUUUGGCUAUAUUUAUAAAUUACUUUGAAAGGAACUAGUAGAGAUAGGCUGAAACUUUGGGGAGGGGGUAGAGGUGUCAUCUAACACAGCUUUCUGGUCUUAUAGGUAGAUAGAGUCCAAGUGGAAAAAUUAGAGAGUGGCCUGUGACUCAGAGACCAAAAAGCAGGCGAUGGGGCACACAGCAGGAUGAGAGUCAAGGGGCUCAAGCCAGCAUUCCUCAACUUUCUCAGUGAAAUAGGAGACUAGACCUGCAGUAGGGAAAAAGUGGAGGAAGGAAGAUUUGGAGAGGUCUUUGAGCAGCAGUCAGGAAAACAUGUUGCUCAAGCACUCGUGUGACAGCACCUAGGAGUCUGCUGAUGGUAGAAAACUAGGGAUCUGCAACAGCAACAGUUUGGGCUAGAGGAAGGGACAGCCGCCAGCAAAACCCAGCAGCAAGGUGGGUAAGGCAGGGAGAACAGUGGUAGAAGAGAAAAGAUAGAGGUGUGGCUGGUGCACAUUGCUAAGAGGCAAAGGUUUGCCAUAAUGGAGAAUGAUGGGGUGGGGAACAAUAGGGUGAGAACAAUGGCUUCUUCAGGACCAGGGAGGAUGCAGUAAGAAACUGAGCAAUUUCCACAGGGAGGGUUGCAGGAGAAAGAAGUAUUCUCUUUCGUACUGAGGAUCUAACUCAGGACCUUGCGCUUACCAGGCAAGCACUUGAACCACUGAGCUAAAUCCCCCGCCCAAAGAGUCCUAUCUUGUGACAGCCAGAAUUGCAUGAGCCCAGUAGAUGAAGACAAUGUUCAGUAAUUGCAUAAGAUCAGUAGGUAGUGAGGAUGUUCUGGAAAUGUCAAGGUUAAGAAAGUGUUACCAGAGAAUGAGAACUUCACUAUAAAGUCCAGCUGGUGGUGUCUAGGAGUCAUUCAGGAGCUUAACUGACAAAACCUCUGCCAUGUCCAACUCAUGAAAAUUGUACUGAGUAUUGGCAUCUAGCUGUCAGAUUAAAGAAUGGAUCUACAGGUCAUGGUUGGUCCUGAAUCUGACCCCUAAUGCAGUGUUAUGUUUUAUCUCUAGAUGUGUCCUGAAAACCUCAUGCGAUAGGUGGGGCUUUGGGGAAGUUAGUGGAUUAUGGCAGUGUUAUAGUUGGCUUGCUGUUGGGAGGUAAGGUCUGGAAGAGGUGGGUCACUGUGGGCAUGACCUGGAAGGGUGUAUCUUUGUCCAGCCAUGGAUUAUUGCUCUUCUGCCACACCACCCUGCCUUGGAGCCAGAGUAUGGGCUGAAAUCUCCACAAACUGUGCGCUAAAUAAACCUUUCCUUCCUUUA